ACAAAUCAAGGAGAAAAGAAAUCACACAUAUUCCCGGGCCAAAUCCGCCCGAAAUCCACCCAAAAUCUCUCAAACUCAAACCCAAAUUCAAAAGCCAAAGCCAAAGCCAAAGCCAAAACCCAACCCGGCCGAGCCGAGCCCGUCUCGUCCGUUGGCAAUGCCAGUGCCAGCCUAGCCCACGCUGCCCACCGCCCCACCCCCACCUCCACCUCCACCUCCACCUCCACCCUCCCUUCGCCUCGGCGUCGUCAACCCACCACCGCCCCCGCAACCGCCACCCCCAACUGCCCCCUCUCCCCCUCCCUCCCGACUCUCCCAGAUCCGGCUCGCCGGUGGCCGCGGCGCCGCCGGUGGGGGCCGCAACCCAAACCCUAGGGGCGCCCGGAGUCGAGAGGAGAUCUGAGGAUGGGGGACUUCAACGUGGCGCUGGUGAUCGUGGCGGCGGUGGUGAGCGUGCUGGUGCUGCUCGUCAGCGUCUACCUGCUCGUCAACUACCAGCACCCCGACGACGCCAACCAGGCCUACUUCCCCAAGCUCGUCGUCGUCCUCGGCAUCACCGUCGCCGUCCUCUCCAUCCUCAUGCUCCCCGCCGACGUCGCCAACCGCCAGGCCUGCCGGAGGGCGAUAUACAGCGGGGCCUGCAGCCUCACGCUCCCCAUGAAGACGCUCUGGCUCGCCGUCUACAUCGCCGACGCCGUGCUCGUCUUCCUCGUCAUCCCCUUCGCCAUGUUCUACUACGAGGGAGACCAGGACAAGUCCGUGGGGAAGAGGCUCACCUCCGCUCUCCUGUGGGUCACCGUGUCCGCAGUGGUUUGCGGCCUCAUCCUUGGCAUCCUAUACGGACUUGUUGGUAAGGUGGACUUCACUGUCAGGCAUCUUUCUUCAGCAGUUGAGGCAUUUCCGAAUUCAUUCACGAGUUUCUCAAGUGGUCAACCUUGCAUCGGUGCAUCGGCCCGGCAGUGUUCAGCUUACACUGCACCUGCAAACUCUCAAACAACUUGGACAAUGCGUGCUACCUUCCCUGAAUAUGUGGUUGCUCUUGCUACCAUCGUUGGAUCUGUUCUCUUCACAAUAUUUGGUGGCGUUGGCAUUGCUUGUCUUCCGUUGGGACUUAUAUUUUCAUUUGUCCGGCGUCCAAAAGCUGUCAUUACACGCUCACAAUAUAUAAAGGAAGCAACCGAACUUGGUAAGAAGGCUAAGGAAUUGAAGAAAGCAGCUGAAGCACUUCACCAAGAAGAGAGAAGCGGGAAGAAGGGCAGAAAAUGGCGUAAAAAUGUCAAGGCCCUUGGGAAGGAAUUAGUACUUUUAGAAGAUGACAUGAAGGCUCUUGAAGAGAUGUAUCCUCAAGGAGAACAGGCUGAGGCUACCUGGGCUUUGACAGUUCUUGGUUACAUUGGAAAACUUUUAUUUGGUGCUGUCGGGUUAAUUAUAUCGAUUGCUUGGGUUGCACAUAUCGUCAUAUACUUGUUGAUUGACCCUCCUCUGUCUUCCUUCCUGAAUGAAAUCUUCAUAAAACUGGAUGGUGUUUGGGGUUUGCUUGGGACUGCUGCCUUUGCAUUCUUCUGUUUCUAUCUCCUCAUAGCAGUGAUUGCUGGGGAAAUGAUGCUUGGUCUGAAAUUAGUUUUCAUCACCAUUCACCCAAUGAAAUGGGGAGGAACUUUGAUGAACUCGUUCCUUUUUAAUGUUGGGCUCAUCCUACUUUGCUCCAUCAGUGUGAUUCAGUUCUGUGCCACAGCUUUUGCUUAUUAUGCCCAAGCAACUGCAGCUCAGGAGAUCUUUGGCCACACACUGCAGUCUCUCCGUGGAAUUAAGUAUCUCUACAAAUACAAUGUUUUCCAGUAUGGCUUUGUGGCUCUUGCCAUACUCACACUCUUUUACUAUGCAAUAUUUGGAUGGCGAAAGAGGAAACCUACAGGAAGAUUCCAGCUCUCAAAUUGAUUUGUGGUUUGUUCUGUAAGCGAAGCCUGACGAAUUGAACUACAAACAUAUUUGUUCGUGAUAGAUUGGUUAGCAUUGUAUAUGAUCCUUCAAACGGCUUUCUCGAAGAGCUGGAGAGCUAUCCUUGUAAAUUAGCGACCAUGAAGUUGAACGAGAAAACUGAGAUUUCGUUAGCCCACGGACAUGGUUGUUAAAGCAGAACCCAGCUACCUUUGUAAUGUACACAUUUCUCAUUGCGGCUCUUCUUUUCCUUGUGUAUUCUUGACAAUGUUGGGUCCUUCGAGUUCACAGUCAGAAGUGUUUGAGGUGAUAGGGUGCCACUUGGGCCCCCUUGUUCUUUUGUUGGGUUUGUAUCGAGUUAGGUCAGUUGAUUUCUUUCAUAUGUACCAUACUGUGAUUACCACACGAACUUCUAGAUUGUAUGAAGAUGACUUGAUCAUC